CAAUGUAGUAUGUACUGUGGAAGCAUUUAAGUAAUAUGCUGCUGAGCUGUGCUGGUAUUUAAUGCAAACUAAGUGAAAAUCCAUUAUGGUGUAUAACUGAUGGCAAAUUUUGAGAGAAAGCUUCCUGUUCCGGAAGGAAGGCAUAAAGAAAAAAGACGCUCCUUCCUUCCAACUCCAAAAUCCUUCACAUCAGCCCAAGACGUGGGCCAAGACCACACUAAGGCAUUUUCGAUACAGGAAAAAACAAAACCUCACCUUCAAGUUGGAGACAAAAUCUGUAUUGGGGGAAUCAAACUUGGUGAACUGCGAUAUUUCGGAAAAACACACAUUGCUGCUGGACUAUGGUGUGGAAUUGAGUUAUAUGAAAAGGAAGGGAAACAUGAUGGUGAGGUGGAAGGUGUGAGGUAUUUUACUUGUCGACCUGGACAUGGAAUAUUUGCACCUGUUGACAAAGUGUCAAAAAUAGAACUUGUACCUCAUGACCUGCAUGGGGACGUAAUUGAAGAAGAAACUGAAGUUCCUCCCGAGGAUGUACCUGAACAAAAAACUGUAAUUACUAGACCACAGCGACGUCUGCUUCCUCAACCACAGAUUUUUGCAAGAAAAGAUCCAAAAGAAAAAAUUGCUGUGCCUACGAAAAUUGAUGAACAAAAUGAAGAUUUCGAUGAAGUAGACUUUUUGGGCACAUCUGCUUCUCAGGAACCUGUAGUGAUUCCUGGAAAAAGGAGUUUACCAAAAAUCGACCCCAAAAUUAGAACACCGAGCUCCAAGCUUUUCCCAGAACUCUAUAAUGAACAGGUGUGUAAUUUGUCUUCAAAAGAUUCAAAGCAAAGUGCUAUUUAUACAACUUCUUUAAGUGCAGAUGCUUUAAAUGAAAAUAAAAACUUAAACAAUUGCAUUCCCCAUGAAAAUAAACUAUCAUCUACCUACACCUUGCCUCAAUCUUCUGCUGAACCAGGGUUUGCAGCCUUUUCCAAACCUAGCAAAUUACCUGCUCCUUCCAAACUUCCACAAGCACCUACUCCUUCUGUCACAGAAAAAAAUUGCACAAUGUCAGACAACAAACAGUUAACCACUGAAACAAGUGUAACAGAGAAUAUUGGAAACAAUACAUUUUUGAGUGGGAAUUUGAACAAGACAUACAAUGUAGGUGAAAUUCAAAUACCUGUCUCCACAGAUAUUCACAUGACUACACAAAGUAGUGGGGAGGACUCUAUCAGUGGGGAGGUCCAAGAAUGCUUAUCAUCUGAUCAUCGCCAUUUCCUAAACUUGACCUUUGACAUGGAAGGUGGUGGUUCACCCCCUCAACCCACCAGCUCUACCCAAAAUCCCCAGAAAGUUUUUGAUGACCUCCAACCAUCAUCCUCAGCAGAUGCCACUUUUGAUAUCAGUCAUAAUUCUAGUCUAGGAGUGUUGGACAUUCAUGAUUCUCAGCUUAAUUCUGAUUUGUUGCAGGGAGAAACAGAAAAUGUGUUGGCUGGUGAGAAAAAAUCACUGCUAAAUCUAACCGAUUUGGAGAAGUUGUCAAAGGUUUCAAUUUUGUCCAGAAGACAAGACCAUGUGGCAUCACUCGGGGAAACUUUUGAGGCUGAAAAUGCUAUUACUUCAACUCCAAAUGUGUCAGGUGGUAGACUCAAACCCAGUGUUUUAAGUUUCAGUGUUCAGGCAAAAGAAAGUCAAUCCAAAGACAAGAAUGCGCUUGGAGAUGAGGAUGUAGAUUUUGACAUUCCUCUUAACUAUGAUUUGAAUGCGACAUAUGAGGUGUCAGAGGAAGGAAGGCCAGUGGAAAUGCUGGGGGCUGAUACUCUGGACUGGAGAUCAGAAGCUUCCGAUGGGGACGAGCCAUCUGCCAGUUCUGAGGACAGUGCCGAAAAUAAACAAAUGAACCGGACACAAGACCAAGAUCAGCUCAGGGCUGCUGCUCAAAAAGAGAUCAACCAACGGGUGGAUAGUCUGACGGAAAAAAUCAGCAGUUUGGGGAUUACCUCAGAUACUGGACUUUCUCAGUCCUCCCUCAGUGCACCCAAACCAAAGCUUCCCAUGGUCGACUCUGGAAUAUCUGAGCAGGGUGACAUAUUGACGCUGGAACAGGGUAGGAUGGCCGAUUCUUGUGAGAUGAGACAGUCAAUGACAGAUGAGAAGCAAAACUUGUACAAACUCAUGGAAGAGAAGGAGGAAAUUCAACUACAAGAUGACCUUAUUGCUGGACAUCUGAAAAACGAACGGCCAUUGUCUCUUGUGUCUUCCAUUAGUGCUGAUACAGGCUAUGUUCCGGACACAGACUCGGAACGAGGGACCCUGACCAUUAAUUCCCCCUUGGACUGGGCCGAGAAAAUGGCACAGUCGUCCGAUUCCAUGGCUGGGGUGGAACUGACUGAUCUUGACGCUGCUUAUGCACAGUCUUUUAAGAACUUCCAGACAGCUGUUUUGAGAGGGGCAGGGCAAGUCUUGGAGGAAAGUGAUUCAGAUAUCUGUAGUGACGGAGGAACUGUUUUAGCGGACAACAAUGACCUGGGAAAAGAAGAUUCCGAAUUUGAAAACAUGUCAACCCUGCUGAGAGACGUGAAAGGAAUCUCUGCUGAUGAUAUUUUACCCCUGAGUAGCGAGGAUAAAGACACAGAGCCUCUAGUAAUAGGGGCUGAUGUUCAGCAGACAGUGUCAGAUACAGUUAUUGAGGAUGAGAGGAUCGAGGCUGACCAGCAACUAGACAAACUAAAUGUGACAAUGGACAUCGUCAGGGAGAGCUCCUCUGAGGAGAAAGAGGCUGAGGACAAUGAGGAGAAAAAGGAGGAGCCUGAUGAGGAGAAUGAGGUCACUGUCAAGGAGGUUUCUGAGGAGGAGAGUGCAGAUGAGGGCAGUGUCACCAUAGAGGAGACAAAACCUCAAAAGAAGAAGAAGAAAAAGGAAGCUGAGAAAGUGGAGCAUAAGAAACCUAACAUUAAGGUGGGAUCACGGAUAGCAGACUACAUCAAAGCACCAGUUCCAGUAAAACCUAAGGAUGAGAACACAGAGGCUGCAAAAAAUAAGCGUAACAUGGGACCAAAAGGAAAGGCAGCAAGACUAAAUGACUCAAAGACAAAAGGAGGGAAGGAGGAGGGCAAUGAAGAAAGGAAGAAAAAGGAAAAAGUGGAAAAGGAGCCACCCAAGAUUAUAAAAAGGACACCUCCAAAAAGUAAAUGGGACAGUAUCAUGUCACAAAUUGAAGCUGAUAAAAAUGUGGCAAAACCUAAAAGUGAAGUGAAAAGUAAACUGGAAUCUUACCUCAGCACUCCUCCACCACCUUCUUCCAAGAAAGAAACAGCUCCAAAAGAAAAGCCUAAGAAAAAACUGCCUACUGUGCCCACACCAGAUUUUAGCAAAGUGAAAAGCAAGCUGAACCUGGGAGCACCUGUGGCCCUGAUUAGGAGGGAGUCAUCUCCAGCAGCUGGUAAGAAGGACUCUCCCAGAGGUGGUGUUAGUGGGGAAGUCAUGAGGAGGCUGUCCUCUGUGGCUUCCAAUGGGAGCUCCAAGGCCCCUAAACUGGAUCUAAAUGACUCAGCUAGUAGCAGUGUACUAGGGUCAGCUAUCAGCUCUGUCCGGAGCAGCCAAUCGGAUCUGGCUGGUGUAGAUGGGGGAGGGGAGUCUAGUGUUCCAAGUACUCCCAAAACUGUGCAAAAACCUUCCAAUAAAACUCUAGGAAGAAUCUCCAGUCUUCAGGAACGAGAGAGACGGGCCAGUACAUCCAGCACCAUGUCAACAGCUUCUCAGGGAUCUGUAAAGGCUUUAAAUGCAAAGAAUUCCAGGAUUUCUGAUAUUGCAGCACCAAGACGAAAGUCUGUCCCAGCAAAGGGCAUAGUUCCUGUAAUGAGUCCUUCUGUCAGAAGAACAACACAGGUUUCUAGGAGCCUGGACUCUUCUCCUGCUAACAGACCUCUCACAAAAACUAAUCUCACUGGUGACAGGGCUAAAAUCAGUUCUCCUCAAGAAAGUAGAAACACGGUCAAGAAAGAUGGCAAAAAAUCAAAGGGAGAUAACAAGCCCAAAUCUCCACCAUCUACAAAGAAAAUCAACAACCAAAACAGAAACAAGACCAAGACAAAGAACAACCAGAAACCAGCCAAUCAGCAAUCAGAUGUCAUCAGUCUCCACAACAAACAGGAAGUCACCCGUCUAGAGGCCCUCUGCGAGAGUCGGACUAAGGAACUCAACUAUGCCAGGCUGCAGAUGAAGAGUAAUCUACAGGCUUUCGAUGCCAUGACAGUGAUGGUGCAAUAUCUCUCUCAAGAUUUGGAUGCCUUUUCGAAUCCAAAGUUGUCCUCUCAAGUGAAAACAUUACAGACACAGCUUGAAGAAACCAAGCAGCAAAUUGAGGAACUUCAAGCACAGAAGGGUAAAUUAGAUGAAUCCAUAUUGCAACUGAAUAAAGACCAUUUGGACCAAAUCAAUGCCCUCAAAGUGGAACAUGAGAAGCAGAUAUCCUGGGAAAAAGAAAAACAUGAGGAAAACUUGACUAAUUACAGACAGCUAGCUGAAGAAUACCAUUGUAAAGAAAUAGACCAUAUAAAAACAACUCAUGAUGAAAUGAUUGCUGAAAUGAAAGCCGACAAUUCACUAAUAAUUCAGAAGCUCAAAAAGGCUCAGGAAGUUGACAUUGCUGCACUCAGGAAUAAACAUGAGGAACAAAUGGAAGAACUUCACAAGCAACACAGAGACAGACUCGAAGAAAUAACACACAGAUUUGAAAACAUUAAAAUGGGACUCUCUGAAAAAGUGGAGACCCUUCGUGGUGAAUGUGAUGAUUUAAGAACUCGAGCUCGGGCCAGUGAGGAGGCCCUCUUACGGGACUCAGAUGUCAAAGUUCAGAUGGCAUUAUCUCCCUACAAAAACUUGCCACAAGAAAUUGAAAGUCUGAAACUUGUCAUUGAAAUCAGGAACGAGGAGAUACAGAAACUGAAGAACAGAAAUAUUGAACUUGAAAAACAGGCGGAAGAACUCCGGAAUGCAAAAGAGAAGAUUAUUGCCCAGCAGCAGAAAAUAGAAAACUUAGAGGCAAUAAUAAGCAUGAAGACUGAUCAUGAAAAGCAACUUCAUGACAAAUGUCAACUGCUGAUGAGGAAAUGUGACAAGGAAUCAAAGGCCAAUAAGAGAUUGUCUAUGGAUUUCGAAGAGCUGAUCUAUAAGGUGAAUUUAUCAGAUCCUGGGUCCCUGGAGAAUCUGUCCAAAAUUGGAGGAUCCCCCUCUCACAGUGCAAACAGUUCUCCUGCUGUGAGGCGAAAGAACAGAUCACCAGCCUUUGGCGAUGUAGACAAGUCCCCAGCAAGUCAGGUUUACAGAAGAUCUCUUUCUUCAGUAGAAAACUCUGCUGAAAAGAAAAUGAAAAGACGUUCAGCUAAUUUCCUGUAUGAGAAGGAUGGUACUUCUCCAACAGGAAGCCCCCGACACAGGGUUAAGACUUACUCAGACUCUUGUUCCCCAACAAGAGGACUGCAUACUCACUCAGAAAGUGAUAGAAUGGUGCAUUCUUGUGAGGGGGUGCCUACAGACAAGCCUAGAGACAAUGCAGCUCGCCUCAUCCAGUCUUGUAAUGAUGCAGAGGUAUUUGAGGCACCCCAGGGCCUCCCUGCACCAGUGACUCCUGACGAUAUAAAAGGGGGCAUGGAGGAGGUCAACCAAAGCAGCAAAAGCACUAGUGCAGCAAAGACUGAACUUGUGUCAAUGAAUAAUGGUCAGUCUCCUGACAAUCUAGGACAAGGAGGAGUGGAUCUUGAAGAAUUUGAAGGUGAGAGUCUACACAUUGACACAAAGGAGGACACAUCUGACCUGUCUCACUCUACUGAAUCCUACUGCCCCUCUGAAGUGACCUCCGGGACUGGAAGUUUGAUUUGGGACUAUGAGAAAAUGGACUCCAUUAAGUCCAUGGACUCGAGUCAAACAAGCCAGACUAGUGAUUCCAUGCUGGACAGUUCCACAUUAACAGAUACCAAAGUGGACAAUAAUACUCUCACCAACAUCAAAGACUUGACCACUGAGGAAAGUGACACAAGUUCUGGCUUUGUGGAAACUGGAGAAAUUCUAGUCACUACCACAAGUCCUUCAGACUCAAGAAAGGAGUCUACUGUCUAAAUUUUGUGAAUGAAAAUUUUUGUUUGGCAUUAAAAGAUUUCAUUUUUUUUUUCUUUUGGGAAAAAAAACCUGUUCUUUCAUUAGAUUGUGGUAAUUAAGUUUUGAUUAAAGCUAUUGUAAGCAAGUUUCUAGUCAGAAUUGCCACUACAUCCCAUCUACUUAAUCUCAGCCUAUGAAAUUAUUUAUUAUCUACCUCGUGUAUGCAAGGUAAAAUUUCUGCCGAAGUCUUUGACACUGUAUUCAAAAUGGUACUUAAUAUUGUGAUUUGAAAAAAGGAUCGCUGGAUUUCAAUGUACAUAUUUAUUGAUUUAAAAUGUUAUUUUGAUGUAAUUUGUUCUGUGAUACAUAUAUAGUUCUAGAUAUUUAGGAUAGAAUGGGCUUUAUCUCAUCACUGUGAUUUUUGUUUUGCAUAUCUUGUAAACUUUAUAAAAUUGAUUUAGAUUAAAGGGAGAUCACUGACAUAAAAGGAAUAGUCUUCGCAAAAUUUUAUUGACAUGCUGAAUAAUACUUACAGCUGUAAUUGGUUAAAAACUAUUGGCAGGAAUUAUCUGCUUUAGAGAGAUGUCGAAUUAAUGAAAUCCAUACAAUUUUGAUCUCAAUGAACAACAUUUAUGUUAUAUAUCGGUUGUUUUUCACAUUAUUCUGUAAGAUACAUUGUGAACUUUGUACAGAACAUCCUGUCAUUCAUGCAGUUAAAUGUUGGUUCGUAUUUAUUCAUUUUAUGAUAUGAAGAGGAACCCUCAGGAUUUAGACAUCUCAUAUGAAGAAUAUUUUAUCAUCAAUUUUAGAGAUUUUGUCAUUUACCAGUAUAUAUAUAGGAUCAUUUUGUCAUCAUAUAAGCUGUAAAUAGUUUCUUAAUUGUUGUAACUGUGCUAUUUCACUUCAUCCUUUUUGCACUGCUUAGUUCUACUGCCAUACAUUCAUGCCAUAUUGUGUGUUAAUCGAUUAUCCUGUAUGUUUGUUUGAGUUGUAUUUUGUCAUUGAUAUCAACAUUUACUAGAAUUUCUAAAAGCAAUAGAUGUACUGUUCCUCAGCAAGACAUUAAUAUUUUCUAUCAUGAAUAUUACUUUAGAUUUAUAUGGGAUUUUAAAGUCAUGAUAGCAUGAUUUGGCCAUGAAGGGUCACUUUCAUUCAAACUAAAAGAAUGGAAAAUGAAUGCCACCUUUAUAAAGACAUCUAUCAAGAACUAAUACAUUUAUACUACAGUAAUCUUCAGGAUUUUUACAUAAAACAUUUGACACAAUAAACAGUGCUAAGAACUUUAUUUGAAAAGAAUUUAUUUUUCUUUCGAAAGAAAAUUGGAUGCUUAUUACAUUGUGUCAAAUGUAUUCUCUCGUAGGAAAGAUAUAAAUGUACCAUCAAUUCUUUUUUUUAAAAAUUGGAAACUUACCAGAGGCUGAGUUCAGAAUGAACCAUAUUGAUAUUUAUGUAUGUACAAAUUUGAAUCAUUCCAUGUAAGUAUUUAUUAAUGUUGUAAAAGCAAGUAAAUAUGUGUUCAGAUGACUGAAAUGCCAUCAGACUUUAAUAUUGAUAAAAAGUGCUUUUUACAA